GUCUUCCAGAUCACUUCACAGCUUGAACAAGCUUCAGAAAGAAAAUCGCCUGAGCAAGCUUCGGAUAGAAAAUCACCUGAUUGUAACGAUUCAAUCAACCGUUUCGAAUUGGAGUUCUGCAUUCCCGAACGGGCCAUAAACUGAACAAAGUAUUAUUAACGAUCGGCAGUGUUUUAAGAAGAUGCACUGGAUGCAAUAAUAUAAAUAAACAUAAUAGUGCAGCCUGGCUGAGCUACCAAGAGAAAGUUCAAAAGUUUAUCGCUGUAAUUCCGUAGAGAGUGUGCGGUACCUCGACAUAGCCGGACACACCGCUCGAGUAUUGGAAUUCGAUCAAUCAUCCUUCGAGAUAAUCGGUUUCCGCAAGAUUUCGCUCCAGGCAGUAUGUGCAAAUCAGUUCUGGCUUUCUCAGAUGACAACUUUGCACACUGUGAAUAAGCAGCUUGUGCGGGAUCCUCCCUGAUGUGAGGCGCGUUUCGCAGCUGAUUCAAUAGUCAUAAAAAAGAUUCAAGUGCAGUGAGUAACCGAAAAAUCGCACAGACGCGUAGACGCCUCAACUGUGUAAAGAUUAACCUUGUUUUGAAUGUAGCAAAAUUUUGCCAAAAAAGGCCAUCUAAAAGGUCGGUCGUUUCUGUGUGGUCCACGUUCGGACCAUCACAUCGUUAUAAUCUUUCGUAAUUCUAUGGCGUAAACUGUACCUGUCAUUGCCCGGUAUCCCGCGGUUCAUAUUCAGUCACCAUGUUCUGUUUAGCACGAACUGCCGCAGUUUCGAGCUCGAAUCGUCUGAAGAAUCCUGUCAGCAGAAGCAACUCAUCCGAGUACGAUGUUGAAAUUGGAGAAAGAACCCCCCUACUACUGGCAAAAGUGCACCAUGAAUCGGCUCGAGACCGACGUAAUCAACAGCUGCAAACCAUUCAAACAACGGCACUACUCGGAAUAUUGGCACUUGUGUUGUUCCUGCUGCUUGGAAUCAUAAUAGCGAUAUACUUGAUGCUUCUACAAGUUCCACGACCAUGGCCAGUGUCCCACCCGUUCUAUCUAGUAGAGCGUCCUACAUGGUGGUCUCAUUCUGCAGCAUUGGAGGCAUCUCCCUUAAACAAGUCCGCUGUGAUGAAUCUAAUCGUUAUGCACACAGGUAGCGAGCCAUGUCACGAUCAAGCAACGUGUUGCCAAUCGGCACGUGAUGCUCAAAAUUACGCUUGGGACAACACAGCGACACACAUUCCGUACAAUUUUUUGAUUGGAGGUGAUGGCAAAACAUACGAGGCACGGGGUUGGAAAGGGCAGCAUGGCUUCCCCGAGCUUCCCGGGCGUAACGAUACCAUUGUGGUGGGAAUUAUAGGAACCUACAAUAACAAACGCCCCGACGAUGUGCUGUUCGCCGAAACGAAAGCAUUGAUUACGGAGUCCAUUCGACGAUUCAGCUUAUCGCCCGCUUAUCGGAUGUACGGUGUGGUCAACCAGUCCACGUCAGGGAAUAAUGCUGUUGCUCUAUACGCAGAACUGAAGCGAUGGAAACAUUGGAAGGGGUUUAUUACAAUCUAGAAAAACUUUUUAGGUAAAAUAGCUAGCUUCAAUUCGAUUACAAGUAUUAUAGAAUGUUCUAAUAAAUGUUAGAAAAUGGGCAGAAUUUUUAAAGAA